AUGAAGGCCCUUGUCUCUAUAUUGGCCGUUUUGGCAGCUUCCCUGGCUGAAGGCUAUUUGGUUUCGCCCCCGGGGACACCUGCUCCAGGCGCAACCAAAGAUUGCAGCGCAUGGGUUCAACAAUCCCUCGGCCAGACAUGUACUAGUAUUGAGAGCGCCUAUGGCAUGAGCAGUGCCAAGUUCCAGGAGUGGAACCCCAGCGUUACUCAACUAGGCGCGGGCUGCAAUCUUAUCCAGAGUUUAUAUUACUGCGUUCAGAUCAAUUUUAUCUCCAACUUUGUUAGCUCGACAACCUUCACGUCUACUGUAUCAUCGUCAUCUUUAUCGACUACGACAAGAACGACUACUUCAGCCGGCAAUGGCAUCACAACGCCGACUCCCACACAGGGUGGUAUGGCCACUGACUGUAACAAAUUCUACAAAGUGCAAUCUGGAGAUACUUGCCAGAUUAUAGUGGAUAAGUACGGAACAUUUACUCUAUCAGACUUUUACAGGUGGAAUUCAGCAGUAGGGUUGGAUUGCCAUAACUUAUGGGCCGGCUACUAUGUGUGCGUGGCCGUUCCUGGAAGUCCAACUACAAAGCCGCCGCCUUCUGGUCCAUCUCCUACACAGGCUGGUAUUAUACAAUCGUGCAACAAAUACUAUCAAGCUGCGUCUGGAGAUACCUGCCAAGGCAUUCUCGACAAAUUUCAAAGCUUCAGCCUAAGCGAUUUUUAUACGUGGAAUCCUGCUGUUAAGGCUGACUGUACUGGGCUCUGGGCGGGCUAUUACUAUUGUGUUGGCAUUCCUAUCUCGUUCCAUGCCCGGGCUCUUUACCACGCAGACUGCACUGGAGCACUAUACAACGAGGUUACUAUUCAACGUAACACCAAUGGCUUAUGUCUUGAUACAAACUGCCAGGCUGCGUCUUUGAACCUCGCUGCGGUAGGUGACUGUCCAAAUGGGCAAGUGCAAAUCAGCUACUGGGAGCAGUCUGGUUGCACCGGUCAAUGGUUCGGCUAUGGUUAUACAAGCAGAAACACUUGUCAUAGGCUUUGGACCGAGGGAUGGAAGUUUAAAUCGAUACAUCUACGGUGUUCUAGCGAGAAAAACGAUUGUGUAACGCAGAAAACAUGUACCUACAGCCCGGAACCAUCUCAUGGAAUAUGCAGUUAG